AUGCCUGGUGGUGUAGGCAUCGGUAGAAGCUUGGAUGAGGUGGCCAUCACUUGUUUGAAGUAUGAUCACCAAGAAAACCCUCGGCUGGUGCACAGACUUGACAAAGAUUGCAGUGGCAUCCUGGUGAUGGGCAGGACACAAACAAGUGCGACAUUUUUGCACUCCCUAGUCCGUGAGAAAACUGUUGGAGCAUUAAACAAUGAUACUGAUAGCAGAAAGAGAUUAUUGCAACGGAAGUAUUGGGCACUUGUCAUUGGAUCACCUAGGCGAUCAAAGGGAGUGAUUUCUGCACCAUUGGGAAAGGUGCGGAUGGACAAUGGGAAAUCAGAUCGUAUAACGAUUAUCAAUGGCAGUCAUACGAUCCCAUCUCAUCAUGCACUAACAGAGUAUCAAGUGAUUGAAUCUCGUCAUGGCUAUACGUGGCUAGAGCUGUCACCGCUCACAGGAAGAAAGCAUCAGGUAUGUUAUAACCAAGAUGUUUACAUUCCCAAAAAAGAACUUGAAUCAAGAUUUUAUCUUAUCAGUUUAUGUGCACAUCUUUGACUUCCAUUCUGGACAAAUUC